CCCGCCCCGCAGGGGAGAGGGGCGGAGGAUCGCAGUCUUCUGUCUCCGCCGCCGCUUCGCGCUGUCAGGCAGCUCGGCGUGCCCCCUCCGCUCCGCUCACCGGCUCCCUUCGCCGCCGCCAUGUACCUCUGCAGGGCCGCCUCGCAGGUGUUGGCGUCCCGCCUAAGCAGGGCCCCCUCUGCUGCAAGCCGUCUCAAGCAGCGCGCACCUCCUCGCCAGAUGUCAUCUGGGAGCGUUCCUGGCUCUUCUGGAGAGAACAUGAUUUACUAUCUCCUUGCUGGUGUUGCUGCUUUUGGUGGUUUAUUUUAUGCCUACAGAGUAGUCAGUUCAUCCCGCAGCAACUAUAUUGAACAUAUGCAUAUCCUCCAAGAGAGAGCUAAGGAGCGGAACAGCAGGGGUGAUGAAGAAGAGACAGAUGAAGUCACUGAAGGAGAGACAGCCACGGAAGAGGCUGCUGCAGUAGCUGCUGCUGGACCUGCAGCACAGGAUGAGAGUUCUGGGGUAUCCCCAGGAACUGGAGAGGAGAAUGACUUGCCAGCUCCUGAGGCAUCCCCUGCUGUGGAGGAAGCACAGCAGGAAGCUGCUGCUAACUUGGAAGUUGCUGCUAAUUCAGAAGCUGCUGCAGUGCAAGAAACUGUGAGUGAAGUCUUGGAUGUUGCAGCUUCUUCUGCCCACGAGGAGAACUCAGACAAGGAAGGAGCAGCAUCAGCAGCCGAAGAGAUUUCUGACACAUCCUCAGGGAGUGAGGAGAUCGAUGCUGAGGAGUCGAGGCAAACUUCAGAAGUUUCUGUGGAGGACAAGACACCUGAAGAAGCUGCUAAGGAACCCUAAAGUAAGCAGUGCUGAUGCCUUUGAAAAGUUGAAUGGAAACAUUUGUGGCCAUCAACCAGCUGAUUCCUGUGUGAAACCUCAUACUCUUCUCCGCAGACACAAAGGAUUUUGUGCAGUCUGUCAUACCACACACUGCUCAUUAGGACCAGUAUUCAGUGCUGCAACAGACAACCUAACACGACUUGAGGUGGUUAGAGAGACGCUUCUGUGACUAACAUCUCUGCUUUAGAAAGUAGCAUCCCAGUGAUAACUGUCAGAGCACCUUCCAGCAUGUAAUAACUAAUCCCUGCUAAGGGAAGCAGUAGACUUAACUGAAACCAUGUCAGGUGAACUCCCAUCUAGAUAUUUGUGGUCUUAUGGACAUUGAUUUCAUACUUUUUGGUCCAAACUGUGGUGCACCGUUACACCAUUGUGACAUUCCCUGCUAAAAUGUCAGUGAAAGGUUUGAACUAAGUUAAAAUCUUAGACAAAUUACCUGUUAGCAUUUUGGAACUGGGCUGCAGGGAGCACAGCAGCUUUGCCUGCUGCCAGGCUUGGGUUUGCAAUUGUAAGCAUAGGGCAUUUGGCUGUACAUGAUCUACUUUUCCCCCUGCACAAACAUUUUAGAUGCUGCCCUUCCUUGCACACUGCUGCCCAGGAGUAAACGUUUUUAAGGCUCCUGCUUUGAGGACAAAACCUGCAUGGAAGUAGCAGCAAUAAGUACUUUGUAGCAUGAAAAUGCAAACAACCCCAGCUGAAGUUACCAUUAUUGAUCAAAGUGCUGGCUCCUACCUUGGGGGUGCUGGGCCCCGUUCCUACCAAACCUUAGUCAGCCUGCUGUAGUCCAUCUGUGUUGUUAGCAGUGGCAUGCAGUGGUGGUGGAACAGCAUGGAGGUUUGAGAGAAGACUCCUGUAUAAAUCAUGAGGAAUUUAGGCUAUGGUGAAGCUCCUCUCAGAGAGCACUUGCAAGUGGCCAGCAAAAUCCUGCUGGAAGGCUGUGCCGCAGGUGUUCAGAUGGAUGAGGAUUCUUAGGGGGUACUAAAGAACAGAAUAGCUAAAUAAUCAUCUCUUCUUAGUAUUAUCUGGACAGCAUCAAUUAGUAAACAUUAGUAUUACCUAUGACAACAUCUAUAAUGAAUAAUGGGUUGGUAUGACACUGUUCUCUAGCCCUCCCUUGUGCUCUGUCCAUGACUGUGCACCUACUACAAACCCGAGACCCACAGCAGCCAUCACAGAAGGAUGAUUAUUCUGAACUGGGGCCAGAUAA